GGCAAUUGGCAUUCAUCAUAUUUCUACCAUACUCUCUUCCUCGCCAGCCAUUUUCUGCUUCCGCUUCACCGAUGAGAAUCUCCUCUGCUCGUCGCUCCGCCGCCUCCCGAAGCAAGGGAAACUUCAACCUCCUCCUUAUUCAACUGCUCCUAGUAUUGACCUUCAUCUAGCUCUAUUCUUUUUGCUAGAGCCACCGCCACAAAUGCCUCGACUUUAGCUUUCAAGCACAAGGCCGGAUUUUGAUUUUUAAUAUUAGGUUUGGAUGUAUGGUACUCUUUUAGGCGUCUUCGUAUUUGAUUUUGGAAGUACAAAGCUUUGAUUUUGAGAAGUGUGCUCUUGGUGUUCCAUCAUUACGUUUUAGGUUAUUCGUAAUCCUCGUCGUCGCGUGGAGAAAUUUUAGACUCCUCCGGCAGUGUGGAUUUAGGAAUGUUGAUAUUGCACCUAGUACAUUCUUUCUGUUUCUAAGGGUAAUCGGUAAUUUUGUAGUUUUUUUAAUUUGUUUCUUGCAUUGUCUCCAUUUGUGUUUUCCGAGAGAUUUUUGUUGGAAAACGAGGGAAGAACUUGAGGCUAGAAAUUUAGAAGCGAACUGCGAGGUUCUUUUUUAAUAACCGAGAGCAGUUUCACUCCUCUUCAUGGGAGUUUUCAGUUUCUCGCUUCUUGAUCUGCUAUCAAAAGUCAGAUCUUGGGUAAGUGUCAUUCCGGAAGCCAUCUCGAAAUUUUCUAUGGCUUCCCAUGGUGAUCAUGCGAUUUGCUGCAAGUGUGGCCAAUUGCUAUGCCGGAAGAGAUCUCUUAGUGCUUCCGCAGAGUCCAACAGAGUAGAUCAACAACCUCUUUAUUGUAACUACUGCUUUCGAGGUAGAAAUGCAGUUCUGGCGGCACGGCCACAGUGUAUUAGAGCAAGCACAAAACUCAGCUCUUUUCUCUCUCUGGAGGCGUCAUGGCAGACAUGUUGCCAAUGUUCUUAUUGCUCUUCACCUAGCAGGGAGGAAGAUGAUGAGGGAAGACGGCCUUUUAGCCCUACUAGUGUGUUGUCUGAUGAUUCUUCUGAUAUAGAUUCUGUCAGUUUUAGUACUCAUAACAAGCCCUUCUACUUCAGUUCAGCAAAUUCGAGCCCUUUGGAUAGUCCUAGUAGUUUUGUCCAGCAAGGGUCUUGUUCUCCUGGCCAGUCAAGAAAGGGUAGGGUAGACAUUGAGGAUUUGCUGGAAAAAAUUUCAGAAUCUACAUGCGCCAAGAUUGACAGCAACAACAAGUCAAAAGUCCAGAAUUCUACAUGUCAACUUAAUUUUAAAAAUGAUGAAAUCUUUUACCCUCCUCCCCCAGAGGAUGAGGGAGGUUGGCUGGAAACCAAUUACUUUGCAUACUCUGAUGAAGAUGAUAGUGUUGGCGAGUCAGACAGGCUUUUUAGAUCCAGCAGUUUGAAUGGUGAUCCAUUAUAUGCUAAAGAUAAGUUUAGUAAAAUCAGCAAGGAAAAUUUGUGGCUUACUGUUCAUGGGCAUUUAAUGGCUCUUGUAUCUCAGUUAUUAAAGGAAGAAGGCAUUGACACAGAGAAUGAUUUGGAUGGGCAGAACUGGUUGGAUAUAGUAUCUAGAUUGGCAUUGCAAGCUGCUAAUUUUGUGAGACCAAACACUGUCCAAGGUGGUAGCAUGGAUCCUGGUGAUCAUGUGAAAGUGAAGUGUAUAGCAUCUGGAACUCCAAAUGAAAGCACUCUGGUGAAGGGUGUAGUUUGCACUAAGAAUGUAAAGCAUAAACAUAUGAUCUCAAAACACAGAAACCCAAGGUUGCUUCUUUGGGGAGGAGCACUUGAGUGUCAAAAGGUUCCAAACGAACUAGCAUCUUUACAAACCCUUCUUGACCAGGAAAUUAAUUAUGUGAAGAUGGCACUUUCCAAGAUAGAGGCGCUUCAUCCCAAUGUGCUUAUUGUUGAAAAAAGUGCUUCUUCAUAUGUUCAAGAACAUAUCUUUGGCAAAAAGGACAUAACACUGGUGCUAAAUGUCAAGAAGUCUCUAUUGGAGAGGAUAUCAUGGUGUACAGGUGCUCAGAUUGUUUCCUCCAUUGAUUGUGUUACACCAGACAAACUAGGGUACUGUAAAAUCUUUCGCACAGAGAAGGUGCUUGAAAAAUUCUCAUCUUCCAAGCAUCCUAAGAAGAAUUCAAGUACAACCUUGAUGUUUUUCGAAGGCUGUCCACGACGUUUGGGAUGCACGGUUCUUUUAAGAGGUGCAUCCCAUGAAGAAUUGAAGAAGGUAAAACGUGCAGUUCAGUAUGCAAGUUUUGCAGCAUAUCAUCUAUUGCGAGAGAUCUCAUUCCUUGCAGAUGAGGGUGCCAUGCUUCCUAAACCUCCAAUAAAGCCUUCGGUUACCAUGCCUGAGAAGUUCAAUGAGGUUGAUGAUUGUAUUUCUCUACCUGUUGGAAUUAGAAAUUGCCAAUGUUCAAUACUGGAAAAAUCAGCCCUUGACAGAAGCAACUUAAUCAGUGACAAGAAAUUGAGAUUAGAUGAUACACAUGGAAAAUUUUCAUAUAUAAUUCCUGGUGAUUUCUCCAUGAACACUCAUGAGAGAAUAUUGGUUUCCUUAUCGAGCACUAAUGUUGAAACAGGCAUAGUUUGUGAGCGUGCCCAACUUUUUCGCAUUAAGUUCUAUGGUAGUUUUGAUAAGCCAUUUGGUAGAUAUCUUCAAGAAGACUUGUUUGAUGAGACAUUUUCUUGUCAGUCUUGUAAAAAACCAACGGAAGCGCAUGUUCGUUGUUAUACUCACCAACAAGGCAGCCUCACCAUAUUGGUUAGGCGACUUCCUUCUAUAAUUUUGCCUGGUCAUCGUGACGGAAGGAUAUGGAUGUGGUAUAGAUGCCUGAAGUGUGAGAAGGACAUGGAUGGAGUCCCACCAUCUUCACACAGAGUAAUCAUGUCUGAUGCUGCAUGGGGGCUUUCCUUCGGCAAAUUCUUGGAGCUUAGCUUUUCUUGCCAUGCAACUACUAACCGUGUGGCAAGUUGUGGUCACUCUCUUCAAAGAGAUUGCCCUACUAACCGUGUGGCAAGUUGUGGUCACUCUCUUCAAAGAGAUUGCCUUCGUUUUUAUGGGUGCAGAAACAUGGUUGCAUCCUUUUACUGUGCUCCUGUAGAUAUAUUCUCUGUUUGCUUGCCAUCAGCACUUCUAGAUUUCACUUGCCCAGAAUGGUUACGACAAGAGGCAGCUAAGGUAUUUGAUAGUAUAAAUCUCUUGCAUGACAAAAUAUUUGAUGUGCUCAAUGCAACUGAGCGAAAAAUAACUGCAUCUGAAGAUGUAGCAUUGAAGUCUGACAUUCACAGGCAAAUUAUGUUCCUGAAAGAUUUUCUUAAAAUGGAAAGACAUGGGUACUUUGUUCUUCUUCAACCAGUUAUAUCUGAAAAAAUGCACCCAUCCCAGGUAACAGUUGACAUUAUGAAGCUUAAUUGGUUGAAAUGUGCAGUCUUACUUGAUUUUUACGCGUGGGAUCAUCGACUCUGUUUAUUGGACUCAUCAAGCAAAGAAAAACUGUAUUCUGGACUUGAUCAAAAGGUUAUGAAGUUUCCAUCUGAGACCAAUCUUAGACAAUGGAGAGUGGAAGUAUCUUCAGUGGAUGAGACAUCCCAUAAUAUACUUGGCGAAGUUACUACAAAGUCCUUACUCUUUUCAGGAUCUUCUCCAGUAUCUAAGUUCAUGAGCUGGCAUGAGGAUCUUAUCUUACGGUUUUGGUGUAACAAGGACAUUUCUGAAUCAGCUGAGGGUUAUGUAGGUUCUAUGCCUAGUCAGUUCAGUGGAGGAGAUGAUAGGUCGACGUGUUAUGACAGCAGAAUUAAAGUAUUGGAGAAUUCAUUGCCACUUAUGUCUGAACUAUCAGAUAAGAUUGAAUUGCGAUUUAAUGAUUCUGAUGAGUUAUUGGUGGAUCAACUAAAUGAUGUUUUGGAACCAGGUGCAUCUGGACUUUCGAUGGAAAAAUCAUGCAACUGGAACUUAAUGAUUCCAUCAAGGGCUUAUUCCUUUGAUUCUGCUUCUCAAUUCUGUAAGCAUUCACACGUCAAUUUCCUUCCAGGCUACAUGCAUUUAGCUCUAAUGAAAUCAUUUGAUCCAGCUGGUAGUUUUACUAGCAUGGUGGAGGAUCCGGUUAGAAGCAUGCAAAGAGCCUUCUCUUUUAGUUUCUCAAAUGCGUCUUGUGGAUUAAAUGGUCUUCUCAAUCACACACCUUUACAUCUAUUUCCUAUUUUGGAAAAGCUGACAGAAGGGGCACGGUUCUUUUUGCCUCAAACAAUUCUUGAUGGCACUGUAAUAGUAGUUUAUGAUGAUGAACCGACCAGUAUAAUAUCCUAUUCCAUGUCAUGUGAAAAAUAUUGCGACUACAUCAGAUCUAACUUGGAUGGAAUUGAAGAUUCCAAUAUAAUGGGUAUAAGAAGUGAUUUCACAACCAAUUCUGAAGGUAAACAAUCAUAUCCUCAUUCUGACGGUGGAUCUGAUGUGCCUCAGUAUCCUUGGGGGAAAACAUCAUAUUGCAAGGAAACACAUUUCAGAAUCUCUUUUGAUGACAAAUAUUCGAUUCCUUCCGACAAAGUUAAAUUUUCUGUUACUUGUUACUUCGCUAAGCAGUUUCACAGUUUAAGGAAGAAAUGCUGUCCUAGUGAAUUUGAUUAUAUGUGUUCCUUAAGUCGUUGCAAGAAAUGGAAUACCCAAGGUGGUAAAAGUAAUGUUUAUUUCGCCAAGUCAUUAGAUGAAAGAUUCAUCAUAAAACAGGUCACAAAAACAGAAUUAGAUUCUUUUGAGCAGUUUGCUCCACAUUACUUUAAGUACAUGAUGCAGUCUAUAAAUGAUGGAAGUCCAACCUGCCUCGCUAAAGUCCUCGGUGUAUAUCAGGUGGGUAUCAAACAUUCAAAUGGCAUGAGGGAUGUCAAGAUGGAUCUUUUGGUUAUGGAAAAUGUCUUUUUCAAGAGGAACACCUCGAGAGUGUAUGAUCUCAAAGGCUCUCUGCGCUCCCAUCAUAACCCUGAUAAGUCGACUAAUAAUCCAGUUCUGCUGGACACUAACUUAAUAGAGACAAAGCCCAUUUUUCUGGGAGGCAAAGCAAAGAGAGAGAUGGAACGGGCCAUCUGGAAUGAUACUUCUUUUCUUGCAUCCAUUGGUGUCAUGGACUACUCAUUGCUUGUUGGCGUCGAUGAGACACAAAAUGAGCUCGUCAUCGGAAUCAUAGAUUUCCUGCGGCAGUAUACCUGGGACAAGCAACUAGAGACACUGAUAAAAUCAUCAGGCAUUCUCGGUGGCACCAAAACUUCAGCUCCCACUGUAAUAUCACCAUUGAUGUACAAGAGAAGGUUCAGGAAAGCCAUGUCUAACUACUUCCCCACUGUCCCUGGUGACUGACCUAUCGAUUCUUUGCCAGUGAACUUGAUGUCAAUCAACACAAAAGGAGUUUCAUAUAUUUGAUCGUAAACUGCUGUAGUUUUUGCCAUCAACAAUUUGUUCAGUGACGAUUAUUACGGCAUAGUUUUUAUUUUUCGA